UUUUCUCUCUGUCAGAGUUCAACUUCAGGCCGUGUGCGAGUGGUGGAUAAUGUGUUGAUGAUUGAUGAGGUGGUGCCCUCUGAUGGUGGAUUGUAUUCCUGCAUGGCCACCAGUUCUUCUGGAAAUGCAUCAAGAGAUGUCGCCAUAUACACUCAGCCCGGUCCACCUCUCUACCUGUCAGUCUCUGCGGGUCCAGCUUCAGUCCACUUCUCACUGAAAACCACACCUGUGAGUGGAGGAACACCCAUCACAAGUUUUGUCCUGCAGUGGAAAGAAAAACCCACAGAGCAGUGGAAGGAGAACACCGUCCCGGCUACAGAUCCUCUUGUUAUCAACCUCAAGCCGUACACUUCGUACACAGUACGCCUCUCUGCACUGAAUGCAGUGGGACGUGGAAAGUUCUCUGAGACACACAACGUCCACACACAGGGAAUACAAGGUGAACCUGACAGUCCAGUUCUAUCCUCUGAUGAGAUGAAAAUAGAGGGCAACACCUUCUCUGUCCCUCUUAAAUACACGGUAGAUGGUGGCAGCCCUGUGUUGCAGUUUAAUGUUCGAUACAGACAGGAUAAAGAAGAGGCUGAGUGGAAGGAACUGCAGAUGCCACCUGAUGCUGACUCUGUUUCCCUCAAAGACUUGGCUUUUGGUUCAAACUAUCAGCUGGAAGUCUCAGCAGUUAAUGCCAACGGUUCCUCCAUACCUGCAACAUUCAACUUCACCAUCGCAGAACAGUCUGCCAAGAGCGGCAUGACCAAAGGCGCUGUGGUUGGCAUCGUAAUGAUCAUCUUCCUGGUGGUAUUCAUUGCUGUCGAUGCCACCUGCUGCUACAGAAACCACUGCGGCCUGCUCAUGUGCAUUGCAGUGAAGCUCUUUGGGCAGAAAGUUCCAGUAAUCAAAAAGCUGGAAGAAGGAGGUGAAAAGGGAGAAGUAAAGCUGAAGGGCAUGUCCACUCUGAAAAGCAGUAUGCAACAGGUGGGGGUCCCACUCAAGGAAGGGAAAUGUGACAAGGCCCCACUCACCAAGAAUGAGAAAACCCAACCUGAUAGAGACCUGCCCAGCAUUAAUGCAUGAGACAAGAAAACAAAGACGGGAAGAUUUCAUGUACUUUACAAACAACAAAAGAAGAAGUGAAGUAAUGAUAGGUGCCAUGGGAAAGGGCAAACAUUUUAACACUCCGUAGGGGACUGGCUGACUUUGGCCUGACCCAAACCUCUGAACGGUUUCAGUCAGAGGACAGCGAUUCUUUGUGCAGCCUCUCGUGACAGCACCGUCCUCUCCUCAAGCUUCUAGCUGACCUGGUUGAUACAUGACUGCAGACAUGAGAUUAGCAGAAUUUGUUUUUGUUACUAUGUCUGCUUUUACAGGGUAAUCCUCAUGUCUGUGGUUUACAGGCUAAAACCAUUGUUGUUACUUUCUAACUUUACACUUGAUUUAUGAAAAAAAAAAUCAUAAAGACACAACAAAGGUUUGCCUUUCACAUUUGAAUGUUACACAGGCGUGAGGACCUAGUUCAUUUUGGUUUUUGUUGCUAACUUUUUAUUAUUACUGCACUGUGGCAGCUCUACUAACUUAUGUCUAUGACAAAAUAUCUUAUUAAUGUAACACCAAAUAUGACAACUUUACCAUGUGGACUAUUUAAAGGGCAAUAUAUACUAAAGCUACACAUAACCAACCUUAAUUUAAAGUAUGCUCAUUUGUAUUGGUAUUUAUUGGGUUUAAAAGCCGUACCGUGACUAAAUGAGAAAUGUUGCAAAAAUGAAAAACAUAAUUGGACUUUUGAGCCAGUUUUGUUCUCAAGCACUUUUUUAGGAAAAGUUUUGAAGCUCUGCUAGUAUCACUGACCACUUAGGGGACCUUAAAAUGAGAUCCCUCUUUAAAGUACCUGUAAUAAUAGCCGACAUGUAUGAUAUGGUUGCUAGACACAAAACUGAUUGAUGUAACUCAUUUUUGUAUUUAUGACCAAAUUAAUGAUUACAGGACGCAAGCUGUUCAA